AUGUCAUUAAAAAAAUAUGAUUCUUCAUUAUCUGAUUCUUUAAGUAUUUCAACAACAUUUGAGUCUAUAAACUCACCGAUAGUAUCUUCUAAAACUUUAUUAAAAUCAAAAUCUUCAAGCUCUUUAAGCACAUCUUUGUGUGAUAACUUUAUCGAUUUAACUAUGACUUUAAGUGAAUCAUCUGAUAUUGAGAUUUCUAAAAUAGACUUAGAUAAUUUGAUACCCAUUACAGCCGAUAAGUUUGAUAAUGUUAAAACUUAUAAUUUUUUUACAAAAAAUUUGUGUAUAAAUGAGAUUAGAUACUCUCCAAUACCAAUUGAAUAUCUUCCUACUUCUUUGAAAAGUAUUGCAAUUGUAUAUAAUAUUUCUAAUUGGAAUGAUUAUAAUGUGGCUUUUUCAGAUAUUCAAUAUAAUAUGGGUGAUAGUGGUAAAAAUAAAAUUAUUGAAUGUGAAUAUCUAGGAUAUAAAGUAAAUAAAUUAGUUAGAAUUUGUACUGAUGCCAAAGUAUAUGAAUUUGUUUCAAGUGAAUUAAAAGAAAUACAACAUAUUGAAGUUAAUAAAGAUUUAGAUUUUUAUAAAUUUAAUCAACCUGUUGAUUUACAAACUUCAAAGGAAGCUAAAACACAUGCAUAA